UUUAGUUGUUUCUAAUCGAGAUCUAGUUGAGCGCGUCUACCAAAAAUGGCUCACUUACGGCAGUGCUGUGUGCCGUGCUGCAAAAACGAAAAGUUUUCCCUGGUGCACAAGUUUCCCUCGGACAACGAGCGUGCCGAGCGCUGGCGUCAGGCGUUGACCAUCGAUAACUUCCUUGGGAUGCCGAUCGAGGUGAUCCGGAAGCGGUACUUCGUUUGCUCACGCCACUUUCGCGAUUCGGACUAUAAAAAUAAAGCCUCGCGGAGCCUCAAUACGACGGCGGUGCCGUCGAUCAAUCUGUUCGCGCUGGACGCGCCGGAAGGUUUGAGCAGAAAAAUACCGUCUCCUGUGCGGCCUCCGAUGGUAGCCUACUUUCGAGCCAGCGGUUCCAGUGUGACGGAGCAAGCGGAGCAGGAGGUGACGCUGAUAGAAGCAUUAGAAGAACCGGUGCACCAUGAUCAAGACGAUAGGACACUAUCCGAGUUUAUCAAAACGGAGGAAUUUAUUCAGCAGCACGAUCAGCAAAGUGAUAAAUCGUCAUCAAUAACCUAUGAGUUGAAUAAUUUUAUCGAUGAUAGCUUUACCAGCGAUCCCACUAUCACCAUGACAACCAUCACGAAAGGCGAAUUGCUUGAAGCGACACCUACAGCCACCGAUUCAAAUCGAGAUCUUACCCUUCAUUCCUCAUGCAGUGUGACAGGAAAAAGGGCGCUGCUUAAACGCCCGCAUUCCAGCAUUUCCGCAGAUGUUAUUACGGUACCGAUUAAGACUGUAACGCAAGGAAGCACACCUACACCCUCACUUGGCAAGCAGGGCAGAUUUUUCCCUCGCCAAUCGCCCCUACUGGCGCCGGUUGUCACCCCCAGCGAACCGAUCGUAUUAAAGCGGAUCAAAAUGACCCCUUUCGUGAAAGAACGAAAGCAAAACACGACUAGUUGCGCAAUGACGCAAACGGGCGAUUGGCAGACGAGCACUGAUAAUGGUCGGACCGAAGCAGGGAACCUCUCGGAGGGGGAGCCAGAGCACGAGAGUACCGAGAAUGUUCCCGUUGCGUCGACCCAGUCAACCAAAAUCCUUGCCCUGCUGGAGUGUACUCCGGAGAAUCUACAACGGUUGCAAAAGAAGCUGAACAAUCAGGGAGGCGCACUUUGUUUAGACGAACGAUUACUUCAUCUCGACGAUGAUGAAACCGCCCGAGAAGAGGACAAAGCGAUGGCCCCGAGCAAAGCGGACAGCAAGUCGAAGUUCUUGACGAUUCGCAACGCGCAAACGCAGGCGACGACCUCAGUAAGCUACGUGUGGCUGCGCGAUCACUGCCGGUGUGCGGAGUGCUACAAUGCCACAACCUUCCAGCGAUCGUACACGAUCCUCGAUUUACCACUGGACAUUGAGCCGGAGUCGUGCAAUAUUAACAACGAGCGCAUCGAUAUUACCUGGAAAGAUGGGCAUCAGUCUACGUACGAUUUGAAUGAUAUUUUCGAAAAUAAACGCGACUCGUAUUGGAAGCGGUUGGCGGAACGACGUUCGCAGCUCGUCCUCUGGGAUCGCGCGCUUAUCUCGGCCAGCAGCAGCAAUGGGUCCACCAAGGCGCCCGGCUACGCACGUGUCACGCUGAACGAGCUGCUCUGCGAGGACGACGUGAUGCGGCAGGUCGUCCGCAGCCUCGUGACGUACGGUGUCGCGUUCAUCACCAAGGUGCCGCCGAAUCAGCAAAGCACCGAGAUAGCGGUGAAACGGAUUUUCCCCAUUCACCGUACGCUGUUCGGGGAAAUGUGGACGUUCAGUGACACGAUGGACCACAGCGAUACGUCGUACACGAACGCGUACCUCGGACCACACACCGACAAUACGUACUUCUGCGAUGCGGCCGGACUGCUCGUCCUGCACUGCAUUCAGUUCAAUGGGACCGGUGCGGAAUCGAUCCUGCUUGAUGGUUUCGAGGCGACGGAGCGCCUUCGCAAGGCCGAUCCGGACGCAUUCGAGCGGCUUUGUACGUACCCGCUGGAGGCGGAGUACAUCGAGGAGGACAAGCACCAUCGGUACGUGGCACCGGUCAUCCGGCGGCAUCCAUGCUCGAACGUCGACAAUCCUGACGAGAGUAUCGUCGAGCAGAUACGCUUCAAUCUGUACGACCGGGCACCGCUGAGGACGCUACCGCCCGAAACGGUGCCACAGUUUUACGCUGACUAUCAGCAACUGGCGCGCGAAAUCUCCAACGAAGAACUGCACUGGAAGUUCCAGCUUACGCCCGGCACGGUAAUGAUAUUCGACAACUGGCGCCUACUGCACGGCCGGAUGGCGUACCGUGGGAAGCGCGUCAUGACGGGGUGCUACGUGGCACGCACCGAAUUUCAGAGUGUUGCCCGAACGAUGGGGCUGAUUGAGUGAUUCAUCAUUAGAAACCUAACGAAUGCGUGUUGGAGCAGCAGGAGACAAGCAUCGAGUCCAUUGAGUUCGGAUUUUUUUUUUUAAAUCUCCCCGAGCAACAAGGGCAAUCAAAUAUUUGUUGAUAAAUGAAUAACACAAAAUAAUGAGUGAAAAUACAGUGGAAACAUUCUAA